AUGGCAUCUCCUCCUUCAAACGUUUUCUUUAUUUGGGAGCUGCUUGAGCACAUUCUCCUGAAUCUGGACCUGCGUACUCUGCUAUUGUCCCAGAAAGUAUGCCGCACAUGGCACAAGACAAUCAACGACUCCAGGCCCCUCCAGCAAGCGUUAUUCUUCCAGCCCAUGGAGGGAUCAGACACCCCAGAACAGAAACGAACACGCAACCCCCUCCUGGAAGAAGCUCUGUAUCCUCAAUUCAAAUUCAACACUUACUACUACAAGCUAUCCAGAGGCCGGAAGCAUACAAAUCACCUGUCAGAUAUACAACCAGGUGCAUACACGCGACAGGAAGCCAGUUGGCGACGGAUGCUCAUCCAGCAGCCUCCCACCUCUAUCAUCGGCGUUAUCGAAGUGUUUACCCGUGAUAUGCAAGAUAGAUACUACAAGCAGCUGCUGGUGAAACCACACAACGGCCAUCUACGCAUGGGCGAUCUAUACGAUCCACUAAACGAGUGGACUUUGUAUCCAUGUCUGGAAAAAUGGGCGUUCUGGGACGAGUCCGUUGAAACCCAGUUUUGGCUGUCAGAAGAGGCUAGGUCGGCGACUCUGAAGGCGGCUUUGCGCGAAUGUGAUAUAUUUGUCUAUUCCUAUUUUACCUGCAAAGCGUUGAGGCCGUGGAUGAAGGUGGGUGCACCUCGAGGGGCAGAUGUUUGGCUUCAAAAGCUGCAGAUUACAGGGCCGAGAUAUUAUCCCAGAUAUGCGAAUAUGCCUGACAUCAUCUAUCCUUGUCCUGCAUUUAAACUGAUCGAAUAAUGUUUGGCUUCUUACAAAC